UGCGCGUAGUUAGACAGCACAGUGGAAUUCAAUGUGUUUACUUUCAAUUCUUGACCUUAAAUCACUUGGGUUCAUCUGUCAGGAUGUAAAGGGACAUGCCAGUAGUGAAGGGUUUGGAAUACUCUGUGUUGCUUGCACAAAGUGAGAGCAACUUCUAAAAAUAGAGCCAACUUUUUCUUGCCCGCGUUCAGGCGCCGCCUCUGCAAUGAGUGUCGAAGCGUUAAGAAGGGGCUAAUCCACAAAGACAAGAAGCGCGCGGUCUUGUGGCUCUUGCAGCGUCCCUCACUGAGGGUGCUUUCAUUGACUAUUCAGAAUUGUAUUAUUAAUCUCUCUGCAUCCGUGUGUGUGGGUGUUUGUGUUACUUCAUCGACCGGCUGAAAGUUUCUUGAAAAUUCCAGCGCACUGAGAUGCUUUUGUCCUUCUGGAUCUGAUUAAUGGGAUUAGAAAGCGUGAAUACAGGUGGACACUGAUCUGCAGACGUCUGGAGGCUGGAUGGAUAACAUGUCUCCACAACAUCAACAGGACAGACUGAGCCAGAGUGCUGGACAAAGCGACAACGGACGGCGGGUGAAGUCCCAAAGUCUUCGCUGUCAGUCCGCGCCCUCUCUCGUCUUCAGAAAAGCUCUCGCCAGGUCCAAGACACUUUCCAGAGAGAGCCUCCCGGUUCCCGUGUUCCCGGAGACGUGCUCGUUGGUGCGGUCCUUCCUGAGAGCGCCCGGCAGGUUGUUUCUCCUCGAUGGGCGCACUCAGUUGAAAACCGGCAUGCAGACUCAGGACAGACACCUCUUCCUCUUCACGGACAUCCUGGUGAUCGCCAAAGCCAAGUCGGCCAACCAAUUCAAGCAGAAGGCCCAGGCCCGUUUAUGUGAAACGUGGACAGCAAGUUGCAUGGACGAGGUGUGCGAGGGAAGCACCUGCCCCGAGAAGAGCUUUGUCGUCGGGUGGCCCACCUGUAACUCCGUUGCAACAUUCAGCUCCGUGGAACAAAAAGAAAACUGGCUCUCUCACCUGAAGAAUCGCAUUAAAGAGGAAAAAGAGAAGGAAGAACCGAAAACCAUCCCUCUCAGAGUGUACGGCAAGGGGCUCAACACUUACGCCGUUACCAAGACUUUGCCCGUCAGCAACUCAGAUUCCACCAGUGAGGUGAUCCGACUGGCUCUGCAGCAGUUUAGCAUCAUUGGUAACGUGAAGGACUACCAGCUGUGGGUCCUCUCCAAGAGGGACAAUACGCCCUAUCCGCUCAUUGGUCACGAGUACCCCUUCAGUAUCCACAUGAGUCACGUGCGACAAACGUUGGCCCACAGCGCCGCGACGCCGGAGGGCCGUGACUGGGCCAUCCAGGCGGAGCAGCUUCAGGUGCACAAACGCUGCCAGUUCAUUCUGAAAGCCCGCCCACAGGAAACGCUUCAACCGCAUGUGGCGACAGAGUUCCCUCUGAAGCCAUUAAAAAGGAGGCGCUCCCUCAUCACUUGGGCCUUUCUGCGAGGUUCCUCCCCUCAGUUGGCGUCAUCCACAGGCACCGCUUCUCAGGGCUGCUUGUUCGGGCGCCCCCUCAGUGCCGUGUGUGUCGAAAAUGCUCUGCCAAAAGCCGUGAUGGACAUGCUGGCGCUCUUGUAUCACGAGGGCCCGUGGACGCGGGGCAUCUUUCGGCGGCCGGCGGGCGCUCGGGCCGUCAGGGAGCUGCGAGAUUCACUGGAUGCCGGCGAGUUCCUUCCUCCGCUCACGCGGGACCACAUCUUCAUCGUCGCCGGCGUCUUCAAAGACUUCCUGCGCAACAUCCCCGGCAGCCUCUUGUGUUGUGAGCUGCAUGAAGAAUGGAUGGAUGCGCUGACCGACGAAGAGGGGGAGGAGGAACGGGUGCAAGAGAUACAACGGAUGAUGACUCGGCUACCCAAAGACAACGCCCUGUUGCUCCGCUACGUGCUGGCCGUGCUGCACGCUAUCCGAAGCAACGCCCGCGAGAACCAGAUGACCGGAUUCAACCUGGCGGUGUGCAUCGCUCCCAGCAUGCUUUGGCCUCCGGGAGCACUGUGCAGCCCCGAGGCAGAGAACGAAGGAACCAGGAAGGUUUGUGACUUGGUGAAAUUCAUGAUAGAACACUGCCAGCAAAUUAUGGAAGAGGAGCCCUCCUUUCUGUUUGGAGGUUCACCGCUGAGACGCAGCACGCAGGAGAUGGGACUCUAUGACAAGUGGACGUACCCUUUGACAGACUCAUCCUAUGACAGUCUCGAGAAUGAAUUGGAUACCAGUAGCGGUGGCUCACCAAGCUUUUGCGGCAGACGUCUCCGAUCCAAACCAGGCAGUCUGGACUCAGUCCUCACCUUUAGCGAUUACGAGCAGGACAAUGAGCCAGAUGUUCAGCACGCUAACUGGCAGGUGUUGAGGGGAAGCAGGCAGAUCCACGAUACCCCCACUGUGGACACCUCCUCUCUGCACAGCAUACACAGAGAGCGCCGGUGCUCCGAGCCGGCAUUGAUGCACGUAGCAAAGAUACAGCUGCGCUUCUACGAGAGCACAGAUGGUCUCACUGGUGAGGAGGAGGAAGAGGAUGAUGAGGAUGAUGACGACGACAAAGGCGAGCGCGCUUCAAAGUUGAGCCUUCAGCAGAGGUACAGAAGGUCCCUGGCGGUCAAGGAAACCAGCUCCUCCAGCCUGUCUUCGAACCCCUCCUCCCCUGCACCAACGCAGACCAAAGCAUGCACUCCUUCCACAUCCAUCGCCACCAGCUACGCUCUGGCUUUCGACAGACAUGAGCCGCCAGAGACAAGUCGCAAAGCGUGUCCAGCCAGAGAGCAUCUUCAAUGGGGUAAUUUGAAAAGCUGCAGGAGCCUCCACCCCAACUCUUGGCUGAGGAAAGGCCGCAGACUGUCCUUAACUCAACAGGAGAGUUUGGAGAAGAACUCUUCCUCCAGCGCACAUACAAAUACACCCACCAGUGAUGAAUAUUAGCAACAGCAUCUUUGGCAGGUUAAAAGCUCUAGGAGCUUGAGCACCACCGUCGACCAAUUUUAUAAUAUCGUUCGAGUUAACAUACAGCUAUCUUCGGAAAGGAAAAAAAAAGCGCUGGUAGUAAUGGCCAUUGAGAUGUCAUGAAAAGUUAAUUGUUUGAAUAUAAGUAGUAUAUGUCGACAGAAAAAAUUAGGUCUUCCAUAAAGUAAAAGCGAGAAUACGUCACCUAGUGGACAUUCCACCAUAAAUAACUUUCACACUUUUGUCAUCUCAUCUGCUGUUUUGAGUUUUUGAUCAUCAUUUGUGUUCAGAAAAAUGUGAUAAGUUAAAAAGCAAUUUCAUUGUUCGAAAGGCUGUAAAGGAAAGUGAGGGGACGUUGCUGGAAAAAAAACAAAACAAAAAAAAACAAAACAAAAAAAAAAUUAAAUACUGAUACCAUCAGUUACUUUCUAGUAGUGCGGGUCGGGUCACACCACUGCCCACCAACCUCUUCCGUCCCAGAUUGAAUAUCACAACUAAGAAUUCAAGCAAACACAAAUCUGGGGGUCCUGAAAGUCGACUCACAAAAUGGACUUAGGAGAGCCUUCCAAAUGCUCUCGUGGACCCUUCCCCCACUGUAGAAAAUGCACUUGACCAUGCUAUUUAGAAAGGUUACCUUUAUUAUUAUCUGCUUUCUCUAUGCACAGAUGCAUUCUAGCUAUGUACAAUCACAUGAUAAAAUUCUAUGGUUACAUAUCAGAUAUCAAACUGUGAAGAUGAUGACACACGA